AUGAUUAAACCAAGAAUAAAAUCUCUGCAUUUGAUUAUACUCAGAGAGGCCAACAUCGUGAUCACGAUCCUAACAGCAAUUUCGAUACUUUAUCUGAGGUCGGCACAUUCCCUAUGGUUCGGUCUGGGUGCCAUUGCAGCCACAGCAACAGCUAAAAUAUUGAAGCGAUGUAUCAAGCAGCCCAGGCCGACAGAAUCCACCAAGAAGUCGUUCGGGAUGCCCUCGACACAUUCAUCAUCAAUCACAUUCUACGGGAUCUAUUUACUGCUAGUCUGUUUGUUGCUACCGGUUCACCAGAGGAUGACGGGCUUGUUGCCAGGUAGUGAAGUAGGAGGAAGAGGAGGAGGAGUCCAGCACACCCGGACGAGGAAUAACGAGAAGGAUGUUUUGUCGAGCUGGGCCGAAACACUAGGAAGCGAAGGAAUCGUCGAAUCGGGCGAAGAAUCGACAAGCCUCCCGAACGCUAUACUCCGGCUGAUUUACGGCUCGAUUUUCAUCCUGAUUGCCGUCGUCGUCUGUUGGUCGCGGAUCAAGCUCGGCCAUCAUACGCACAAACAAGUGAUUGCAGGUGCGGCGAUUGGCGGGCUGAUAGGCGUGAUCUGGUUCGGGAUAUGGACGGGCUUCAAGCUCCCCAAGGUGCUCCUUCUCGGACACUACUACUACCAUCCCUCAUCCUCUCCCCUCUCGACUAUCGACCGUAACGAGCUGAUCACAAUCAGAGGAAUCGGACCGUAUUGCGAACUCGCUUUCUCCAGGAUCUCCAUCUUGUUUGCCGAGGCUUGGUACAUGCGGGACUUCGGCCUUCUCUGGGACGGUCUCAUCCGACCUACAAUCAACCAAAUCGGCUUCUUCCUCGGCUUCCAGGAUCGCAUCUUCGAUAACGGUCUCCCGCCCAACUCCAACCUACAUCUAAUUAAACCUCUCCAACAUUAG